CUACAACUCAUACGUUUAAAUUUCAUUGACAGCAUAUGGUAUCACACUGUCACAUCGUGUAGCAUUUAUUUACUGUUCAGUUAAAAUGAAAAGUGGGUUCUUGUGUAGUGUUUCCAUACCUAUUGCGUAAAUUUAAAUAAUGUAGAACUAUCAGAAACAUUCCAACAAAUGAGUUAAUUAUUAAAUGCUUAUGAUUAAAUCUGGAACCUUUAUUUCUUUCCCAUCAAUUAUACGUCAAAGUCAGAGUUUUUCCAUUCCAAAUCAAUAACUAUUGUUCACGCGCAUUGAGUACGAAAAUGGCGGACCUGGAUAACCUGGAAUAUUACAUAAAAUUCCCAAAUCCGAAUUUCAACUACAAUCAAAACGGUGACCAUGAUUUCGUGUUCAUAGUGAACGAGGAGAAAAUACCAGUGAUCCUAUUAUUCGGUUGGGCAGGAUGUCAGGACAAAUAUUUAGCCAAGUACUCGCAAAUCUACGAGGAGAAGGGACUUAUCACUCUGAGAUAUACGGCUCCCAUAAAAUGCUUAUUUUUAAGAAGGUAUCAAAUGAUAUCGAUAGGAGAAAAACUAGUCAAACUAUUGUUUGAUUUGAACUUUGACAACCACCCAAUAAUUAUCCAUUGUUUUUCCAAUGGCGGGGCAUUCUUGUACCAAAACUUCUCUUUAGCGUUGGAAAAAUGCCCGAAACAGUUGCCGAUAAAAGGUGUGAUAUUUGACUCAGCACCCGGACGAAGAAGAAUCCUCAGUUUGUUUAGAGCAAUAUCUGCUAUAAUAGGAGGCAAUAAAAUUUAUAACUUUUCCGUGUCGUUCAUCAUGACAAUGUUUUUAUCGAUGAUAUGGUUAUAUGAGGUAAUUAGUAAUACAAUCUAUCCAAGACCAAGUUUUCAAUCAAACCCUCUAGAAAAUUUGAAAAACGAGAAGCACCGAUGGCCGCAGUGUUUUAUUUAUUCCAAAAAGGACGACUUGAUUUACUACAAAGAUAUCGAAUACUUCUCUAAUUACAGGAAAAAUAUGGGAAUUGACAUAACCAGCGUCUGUUAUGAAAAAAGCUUACACGUUAAACACCUCGCUGAAAAUAGGGAUAGCUAUCUUAAAACUGUAUACAACUUUAUCAAUAAAUGCCUAAAUGGAAAUAACUAGAUGUAGGUUUUAAAAUAAAGGCUAUAAUUUUUCCUGUGUUACUUAUCAGAUUAAAAGUAUUGCAUAAGGCAUCAAUGAUAAUGACAAAAGAUAUUAUUGCAAAAAGAGAUUAGUAUUUGAAAUAUUGUACUAUAUUGUAUGUUUUAAAAAGUUUUAAAAUCAUCUGUAAUGAUACUUUAUAGUGUAAAGUAAACAGCGAUAUUUAAAUGGAAUAUAGUGACAAUUAAAACAUCAUCAUCAUCAUCAUAGUGCUAAACUCCAUAAUGGGCCUCGACCUUCUCAAGUUUUCUACGUCAUUCUGCUCUGUACACCAUUAUGGCCAUUUCCAGUUUUAUCAUGCAUAUAAGUUUUUGCAUUCAUAGCAUUGUAAAGACUUGGUCUUAUGACGCUGUCAUAUGCCGCUUUAAAAUUGACAAACAUAUGGUACAUAUCUAUCCUAAAUUGAUGUGCUUCUUCGAGAAUUUGUCGUAGGGUGAAGAUCUGGUUAAUCUUUAAACGUUCACGUUAUACCUACACCUACCUGGUAUUCUCCUAAGAACGCUUCAGUAUAAGGCUUCAAUCUCUCAUCUAAGAUGUUUGACAGUAUCUUGUAUGCUGUAUUCAGAAGAGUUAUUCCGCGGUAAUUAUUGCAUUACAGUGGGUUCCCCUUUUUAUAUAACGGGCAUAUUAAGCACAAACUCCAUUCCUCAGACAUUUGCCCCUCAGAUCAACCUAUUUUUUGCAUCUCUUUGGUGAUCUGCUCUCCACGUGUUUAAAUAACUUUGCUGGGAGGCUAUGGGCAUAAAGCUCCCUGGGGAUUUGUGGUUUUUAGUAUUUUUUGAUAAAUAUUUUCACUUCUUUUACCGAGAGGGGUUCCACAAAUUCUUCAUUUAGGUAAUCCAGUUCCUUGUUAUUAAUAAGUUUCUCUUCCAGUAACUCUCGAAAAUGCCUUACCCAUCGUAAGAGGAUAUCCUCUUUGUUGGUAAGCAAGUGCCAUCUUUAUCAUUACAGAGCUUGAAUUUUUUUCUAAUAAUGUUUAGGUUAGGUGAUAGAACUAUAUUGUUUCUCCUUGACUUAUAUUAUAGCUGUGGAGCCGUUCUAGUAUCUCGGUCUCUGAUUCUCCUUUUUGUUGGUGUUUGGGUCUCAACUCUCUCCUUAAGUUUUUUCCUGGUUCUUCGUUGUUGCUUGCUCCUAAAUGCCUCGUUCUAUUCAUCUGUUAUUUUUUGGCAAUCUUGCUAUUUUUUUGUCCACGUUUGUUCUAGGGCUUCUUUUAUGUGACGAGUUAUUUCUCCAUGUUUUCAUUACUUAGCAUAUGCAAAUUCUACUUUAUUUGUCUGGUACCUCUUUCAUUUUUGGCCUUAGAAAUUAUGUGUCUACACUUGGCUCCUACCAUGAAGUGGUCUGAAUCAAUAUCUGUGCCUCUGUCAAUUACACCAUAGUCGAUUUGGUUUGUAGUGUUUCCAUUUGUGAUAUUUAAGUUGAUUUAUUAAUAUUUUUAUGAUUAAAACAUGUUCUUCCCACAAUCAUGUCUUUUGCUAUACUACUUUUACUACUAAGUCUUAACCCAUUGUCAUUAGUAACAUCGUGAAUGCUGUAAAGAACUUAUUUAUUUAGCAUUUACGUCAUUUAAUUAAGAAACUUAGAUCAUGUUGACUAUUGAUUUCUCAUCAUUUGCAGUACCUAUAAAGAAGUUUAUAAAGUUUAUUUGAAAAACAAUAGUUUGAAAGCUUGUUCAAUAAUUUUAAAAAUUCUGAUAGGUAAUAUAGAAAAGCUAGACUUUAGAAAUUGAAUUAUCACUAUUGUUUCUAAAUCUUUAAUCUUGAAUCAUCUAAGAAGUUGCAAAUAGUAUUCGUGUGAAGAUCUGCUAUGAUUAUAAAGGUACCUACAUUGUUUAGUUCAUCUAGUAAUUUGAUCAACUUUUGGCACAAUUGUGUCAUUUGUUUAAGGAAAUAUAAUGUCUUAUUGUAAAAUAUACUAAUGGUAGGGUAGCCCAAGCGGGGAUUUUUGCAGUUAUUCGAGCGCGUCAGAUUAUCACAUUUUGAGAAACUUUGUACCCAUGUAAAUGUACCUCUACCAUAUAUUGGCUCUAAGGGGACUUAUUGAGGACUACUUUUCAAUUUAAUAAUGAAUGAGAUCAUCAAAAGGAAAAGGGGACAUAAUGGGAAACAAAGAAGUAAAAAUACUCUGUUAAGCAGACGACUCAAUAUUAAUAGCCCAAGAUGAAGAUCGUCUUCAGACUUGUAUAGUCAAAAUAGUAAGAGAUAAAUCACCAAUUUGGACCUGGACCCCGUUUACCAAAAAAAAGUUGAUUAAUAGCAAGCUGAAAAUUUGUUAAUAGCUUAACGGUGUCUAGUCGGACAAACUUUGAUAUAUAAAAACACUGGAACAGGGGAAGUUUUAAUUGUGGAACAGGUUAAAAAUUUGGAACGUCAGACUACGAAAACGUUCCAUGUAUUUUGUCGGACAGAACUUCCAAUUGAUUUGUUACCAUUUCAUUAAACUCUCAUACAAAAGUCAGACUGGUGUUUAUCACCAACUGGUCAUUUUAAUGAGUGGAACAUUAAGAACAUGUCAAAUGACAGAAAUCGUGUUGGUUAGUAAUAGCAGUCUUAUUUUUGCAUGAGAGUUUAAUGAAAGGGUAAGGGUUUGCUCACUACAGAGAUUAAUGGAUUGUAUCCUCGCUCCGACCCUUGCUCGCUUGCUUAAAUUCUCGCAUUUAAAUUAAUGUAUUUAUUUUACAUAGCGAUUGAAACUAUAUUAUCGAUCGCUAUGUAAAAUAAAUACAUUAUUUUAAAUGCGAGAAUUCACGAAUAUAACGAAUAUAAAACCAGGGAGCAAGGGUCGGAGCGAGAAUACAAUCCAUUGCUCUCCGUAGUGAGCACAACUUUACAAAUCAAUUGGAUGUUCGUUCCGACGAAAUACAUGGGACGUUUCCGUAAUCUGACGUUUCAAAUUUUUAAACUGUUCCACAAUUAACUUCCCCUGCUCCAGUGUUCCCGUAAUCAAAGUUUGUCGGACUAGACACCGUUAAGCUAUUAACAAAUUUUCAGCUUGCUAUUAAUUAACUUUUUUUUGGAAGGGGGAUCCAGGACUAAUUGGCGAGAGAAGUAUCGGACGAUUGCACAAAGGAAGCAGUAAGAACCUUUCAUAAAGGUAUCAGUUCACCAAUAAACAAGCAGAAUGGCUUAUAAAUAGGAUAAAGAAGACGACGAAAAAGAAGAAGCAGAAGCGCAAGCGAUAGCAGUGGCUAGGAUAUCAGAAUUUUUCAAGGAUAUAAUAUGGAGAAACAAAUAUGAGCAUCGAAAGCAAACUACGAAUUUACAAAACCUGUGUAGGAUCUAUUAUACACUGGAAUUGCUGGUAAGACACUUAAUAGAUAUAGAGUAUACCCCAUUCCACGAAUAUACGUCUGUUUUGGAUUAUCGCGACAACGAAUAUUGUACUCUGCAAAAUAUGAAGAACGAACGUAAAUUGCAAAUUACAUUGUUUUUUAUUGGAGUAAUUAUUAGAGCAAAAUACUUUUGUACUUCUUAUGUUGCACACUAAAAUAUUCGUUGUCGCGAUAAUCCAAAACAGACAGUAUUUUAGAGGAAUACACCAUAGGAACAGCGAUACCAGGAGCCUGUGUAACAUCUUUGACUUGUAAUAUGGUCUAGAGGCAGAAAGAGAAAACGUUCAUAGAAUGGGUGAUAUAAGACUUAUAAAGGAAUAGAAAGAGAAAUCGAAAACUAGCAGACCCUCCGGAAGACCCCCCAAAUACUGGUAUCAAAGUUGGGCAUCCGAAUUCCAACUUGAUUAAAAUAUAUUUAAUAAAUUUUUCAUUAGUUUUUAUUUUUAAGUUAUGCACAUUAACGCAAAAUAAUAAUUUAUUAUUAACUUUAAUUUUAACUUAAUAAAUACAACACCAAAGCUAUUUGUAUCUUUUUAAAAAAAUCAUGGUUAUUGCCAAAAAUGUUAUAUUUCUAACUAAAUAUUUGCAGUGAUGAAUACUGUUGAUUAUGUGUUUACUAUGGGAGUAAUAUAAUUAAGAAAUUUAUAUUCAGCAUGCAUUUUUAUUCUGCAUAUUUAUCGUUUUUAAAAACAUUUGCAAAAUUAAAUUUUGGUUUAUUUUGUAACACUAUUUUUGACGGAUCGUUAUUCUUGUAACUUCUGUGAACUUGUUAGGUUUUUAGCGUAAGCAUUUGUUCUUGAUGAGGAAAACUAUAAAACCGUUAACCUUAAUCUUACACCAACGUAUCUCCAGCACAAUUUGAGCCCAAGAUGCGUUGGCGUGUCUCCUUUUUAACAUAGCUCCGGAAAAGGCGGUCAGACAACGAAUAGGUCGCGAAUAGACAACACAGGAAAUAUUUUUAAUAAAUUAUCCCAAAUUGUGGCAUAUGCAAAUGAUGAGGACCUAGUUGCCCACACAACACGCAAUGUGUACCUCCUUUUCAUAUGCCUCAAAAAAUAUUGGCCUGCAAGUAAAUGAGGAGAAAAAUAAGAAGAUGGCGUCAACACCCAACAAUAGAGCCAGAAACAUCAGUCACCAAUUGAUUGAUAACUCUACCUUUGAAGUGGUGGACAAAUUCACAUAAUUAGACUACCUGAUCACCAAGGAGAACGUCAUGACGGAAGAAAUCAAGCGAAUUGGACUGAGUAGACAUGCGAGAAGCAGAAAGUUAAGCCAAAGACAAAAAUAACCAUAUACAAAACCAUAUGCCAUAUAAACCAAUAACCAUACGCAACCAGUGGUGACAUAUGGAUCAGAGACAUGGACCACCUCCAAGGCAGAUGAUAACCUUCUGCUUAUAUUUGAACGAAGGAUCCUAGAGGAAUAUUCGGUGGCAUCUGUGAAAAUGGUAUUUGGAGGAGGAGGUACAACUACGAGAUAUGCCACAAAUAUAAACAUAUAUUUGGUGGUAAAGACGUAGUGUCUCUUAUAAAAAUAGGAAGGCUAAGAUGGGCCUAACAUCUAGCAAGGUCACAGCAGAACAACCCUCCUAGAAGAAUUCUUAUGUGACAAUCUGUGGGAAGUAGAAAUUGGGGUACGUCAAAACUCAGAUAGAAGGAUGUUAGAAAAAUAGGCGCAGCAAACUGCCAAAAGUUGGCAAUGGUAAGAACUGAUUGGCGUAAUAGACUUGGGAAGGCUCUUUUAUAGGGCUGUAGCACCAUUGAUGAUGAUUAUAAUGACUUGUUCUUAAUGAGGAAAACUACAUAACCGUUAAUUUUAAUCUUACACCAUCGUAGCUCCAGUUCAAUUUGAGCCCUCGUCUCCUCCGUGAACCUCUCCAUGCGUUAUGGUCUGUAGUUGUAUUCUCCUCCAUGAUCAACUGCCAAUGAGAUUUCUUGCGUUCUCAUCCAGAUCAUCCUCCCAUUGCUUCCUGGAUCUCCCAGUAGGUCUCUUCCCUCCAUUCUUGCAUUCAACAGUUAGGUGUCUAUGCGGUUUACAAAUGCCUGUUACUGUUCUGCAACAGUAAUAAUGUUCAUUACUUCUUUGCUUGGGGAUGCCCGUUUCUUUUAGUAAUCUUAUGAAAAUCUUUUGACAAUCAUUUUUUACAGUGAUUUUUUAAUUUCUUUGUUAUUUGUUCUAUCUGAAAUUUUAUAUCAAAUUAGUCCAGAAAGCCACUGCGCAUCCGCUAGGAAAAAUAUUCUAAUUCGGAUUUUUUGCACAAUCUUACUCAAAAAGGACCCCUUUUAACAAAUUUGCAUGUUGCCAGGACCAAAAGUUGGUCAAAAAUUUUUUAAACGUUUUUUUUUUUGUUUUUUUCCUAAAAUUUUUUUUUCUGCAUGGAACAAAUUUUUUUUAGGUUUUUUGGAUCAUUUCAAACAGAAAAGAUCUUCAGUGACUUUACUCUAAAGUUGAUAGUUUUUGACAUAUAAGCGAUUAAAAAAUUAAAAAUUGCGAAAUCGGCCAUUUUUAACCCCCAAAAACUAUGUGAAAAACUGAAAAUUUGAAUGUUGCCAAGGUAGGUAGAUAUUCUUUAAACAUCGAUUGAUGAAAUCCCGAAGAGUUUUUUGCAAUACAAUAAUCAAAAACCCCUUUGUUUUUUAAUUGCCAAUCAAGCGUGCGCGACACUAUAUUCCACCGUUGCAUGUGUAUACAGUAUGGUGCAAAUGAAAGGAAUAAAUUCGUUAUUUCGUAAACCGGUGACUUUAAGGAAAAAUCCCAAAACACGUCGGUUUUUAUUUUUAAGCUAUGAUAUUGUGACAUAUAUGGUAUACUAGUGACGUCAUCCAUCUGGGCGUGAUGACGUAAUCGAUGAUUUUUUUAAAUGAGAAUACGGGUCAUGUGCUAGCUCAUUUGAAAGGUUCUUCAAUUCUCUAUUCAGUAAUAUAAACAUGUACAUAAUUAUUUAUACAGGGUGUCCAAAAAUUUUUUAUUAAAUUAAAUCAUUUGGCAAAUUGUGUAAAUGUUUAUAUUACUGAAUAGAGAAUUGAAGAACCUUUCAAAUGGGCUAGCACUCGACCCCUAUUCUCAUUUAAAAAAAUCAUCGAUUACGUCAUCACGCCCAGAUGGAUGACGUCACUAGUAUACCAUAUAUGUUACAAUAUCAUAACUUAAAAAUAAAAAUCGACCUGUUUCGGGAUUUUUCCUUAAAGACGCCGGUUUACGAAAUAACGAAUUUAUUCCUUUCAUUUGCACCAUACUGCAUACACAUGCAACGGUGGAAAAUAGUGUCGCGCAUGCUUGAUUGGCAAUUAAAAAACAAAGGGGUUUUUGAUAUUGUAUUGCAAAAAAUUCUUCGGGAUUUCAUCAAUAGAUGUUUAGAGAAUAUCUACCUACCUUGGUAACAUUCAAAUUUUCAGUUUUUCACAUAGUUUUUGAGGGUUAAAAAUGGCCGAUUUCGCAAUUUUUCAAUUUUUAAUCGCUUAUAUGUCAAAAACUAUCAAUUUUAGAAAAAUGUCACUAAAGACCUUUUCUGUUUGGAAUGAUCCAAAAAAUCUAAAAAAAUUUUGUUCCAUGCAAAAAAAUUAAUUUUAGGAAAAAAACAAAAAAAAAAACGUUUAAAAAAUUUUUGACCAACUUUUGGUCCUGGCAACAUGCAAAUUUGUUAUAAGGGGUCCUUUUUGAGUAAUAUUGUGCAAAAAAUCCGAAUUAGAAUAUUUUUCCUAGCGGAUGCGCAGUGGCUUUCUGGACUAAAUUGAAUAACGCUUUAUUCAAUUAGAACAACGAAAAGUAGAGUCGAAGAUAAUAUCUUUAUAUUAUAAUGACCGAGUUUUCCUAUACAUAGUUACAAAACAAAUUAAACGGUGAUACAUAGAUAUUUUGAAAUAAAAAUAUUUUACUCCUUUAGUAAAUGUUCCUAUUUCAAUAACUUUUGUAAUUAUUAAUAAACAGUAGGUAAUUAGCAAUUAAGUUAAUUAAUUAGUGGCGAAGAAUUGGUGUACUUUUUGUGCAAUACACUUGAUGGAAAUGUAAUAAGAGGAGAUAUCUUGGAGAUGGAUGCAAGUUAAUAUUGUAGUUGGAACUGCCGUGGCAGAAAUGGAGUAGGUAUUAUUUGGAACAACGAGUGAAGGGAAGAUCUUGUAAGGGUGGCCACAAGAAGUAAUAGGAUAAUGACUGUUCUGAAGCUAUUUCCUUGUGGCAUUUUUAUAAUUACGUAAUUUUUAUGGGAAAUAAGCCACACUUUUACUAAAAAAUGAAUUUAUUAACGUUUCGAAGCCCAAAUCGGGUUUCG